GUUUAACAGCAUCGGUCAGAUCUCUGGCAGGUCUCUGUUGGGCCUCAGGAAGCUGCAGCAGCUGAUGGUUCAUGGGAACAACCUUCAUGCUCUACCUGACGGGGCAUUCAGGGACCUGGGAUCACUGCAGGUUUUGUUUCUGGUUGCGUCAGAUGCUGAAGAUUAGCUACAACAAGCUGAAGGAGAUCAACAGGCGGACCCUCCAUGGUCUGUGGUCUUUGACCCGGCUGCACCUGGACCACAACYGUUUAGAGUCCAUCCAGCCGGACUCCUUCCAGGGUCUCACCUACCUGCGUCUYCUGCAGCUGGAGGGAAACCGACUUCAACAGCUGCACCCGUCCACCUUCACUACCUUCACGGUACUGGCUCACUUCCACGUGUCCACGCUGCGGCACCUUCAGUUGUCAGAUAACGGACUUCAGUCCCUGCCUGCUCGGCUGUUGGAGACCAUGCCUCAGCUGGAGGCUCUGUAUCUCCAUGACAAUCCCUGGAGCUGUGACUGCAACAUGAGGUGGCUGCAGGACUGGGAGAGAACUUCAUCAGGACUUUUGAAAUGUAAAAGUGACCGGGCCCUUCCAGGUGGCAGACUGUGUGCCACAUGCUCGUCUCCCAGACACCUGAAUGGAACAGAACUUCUUGCUGUGGAGCACCUGGUCUGCCACAGUCCAGCGAUCAGCCCUCAUCAUGGGACGGCCCAACAAAAGGACUCUGAGAGUGAGCUGCUGAGCACAGAGGACUUUAAGGAACCAUUGGGUAACAUGUCUCUGAGCCUGUCUGAUGAACAUGGGAAUAAGGUUGAUCUGGACUGCAGUGUUGGCGAGCCUAAAGGACAGAUGAAGAUCAAUUGGAAGCAGGUUAAUCUUCAUCAGCUGGUCACUAACAUCAGCUUCUCAGUGGACCUGGAAUGUCCCGUUGACAGAGCAAAGUACGAGCAGAUGUGGAGACUGAUCGCGUACUACAGCAGUGUCCCGGCACGCUUAAAGCRAGAGGUCAUUCUGAGCAAAACUCCUCAGCCAACCUAUACUUACAGACAGGACUCCAUGCAGGAGACCUUGUACUACACAGGUGUGGAAGUAAAGAUGAAGGCCCGGCCCGUCUGGUUGAUGCAACCAUCUGUAGACCUCCAGCUGAACAGACCGCUGUCAUCAGCCAAGAGUAUCCAGUUGAUUCUGGGUGUAAACCUCUCAAAGACAGUGGACAGUGAACUGGAGAGGAGACAGAGGAGGACAUGGGUCAUGAUCGAGUCAACAAACAGGACUCGUAAAGUUCUCAGUGCUGUAGUGGGAGGUUCGAGUGAAAUGCACUGUAACGUGCACGGCUCUGAUCACCCGAUGGUCCAAUGGAUGCUGCCGGAUGGCUCUAAACUGGACUCAGCUCACAGCAGUGUAGACAGUAGACUGUUUGUGUCCAAAGAUGGAAGACUGGUGAUUAAUGCUGUCAAUCAUAAAGACAUGGGAAUUUAUUACUGCAUUUCCCGGGUUCAUGGGGACUUGUCUGUCCUACCUUUCUACCUGGCCGUACAUGAAUCUUCAAGUCUUCCUCCAGGAGAGGAGACAUCUAUUAAUUCUACUGAGGAGGAUCCAGGGAACCCUCUUUCUCUAGACUGCAUAGCCUCUGGUUCUCCUGAUGCUGACAUUAGCUGGAUUUUACCAAGUAACUACAUAGUUAGUUUCCACACUAACUCAUCUAAAGGUUUAGUUUAUUCCAAUGGUACUCUUUAUAUCCCAGAGGUUCAGCUAUCAGAUAGUGGUUAUUACAAAUGUGUUGCCAUUAAUCCACUCGGUGUAGAUACACUGGUUAAAAAGAUUACCGUAGCAAGAGACAAGGGUCUAAUCCAGCCCCUGUGGGCUUUUCCCACAGGACCUCAGUCAGCCUCAGGAAUUAGCACCCAAAUUAAAGUCCCCACAGGGAAUACAGGUGAGGAAGCAUCAGGAGAUGUUGAAAUGACUCAAGAUGGGGCUCCAAUGAGCCGCUCAAAUCCUGUUAGAAGGAGGAUUACAGGAGGAGUGGUCCUGGGCCGCAGGGUUAUCCACCCAUCCAGGAAAAUGUGGCAGAAACCUCCGCCGCUUCAUAAACCAACGGGAUCUAAUCCUAAAGACAGAAAAAUUAUUGUUGGGAACAGGAGGAGGAUUAAUAUCUCCAAGGGUAAAAUAGACCCCAAGAAAUGGGCCGAUAUUUUGGGAAAGAUUCGGGGUAGGAAUGCCCAGAAUUCCAUUACAGAAACACCGGUUCAGUAUACAAUCCAAAGUAACGUAAUGGAACAUACAGAGCCACUGAAAACUCCAAACAAGUCAUCAGAUAGUGUUAUUGAACAUCAAACAGAGAGSCUGGAUCCAUCCAGGACACACAGUCAAGGUGUUUCUGAGACAUCUGAAAGCUACGCUGUAUACAGCCUACAUGAUGUAAAUUCUAACAGCCAAAACACAAACAGCGUGCAGACAACAAUAAAACCACAAAUAACACAGAGUACACAGAGGGAGUCGGACCAACACACAACUUCAAACGUUUUGUUUUAUCUACCCGAGACCACAUCUGCUUCCUCACAAGCUAUCACUAUCUGGCAGGUAGACAGAGACCCUCUAACCAACAGCAGCAUAGAGAACAGUAGCAUAAAUACAGAUGCUGACACAGACAAAACAGCUGAUCGGUCCAAGGAGCCGAAGAAAAGGCUGAGUAAAGUUAAACCAAAGGGAGCUGCCAGAUUUAAAAACAAAAGAAAACACUUUUUUGGUCAAAAUCAAACCCUUUCUUCAGUCAACCGUCAGUCAGUCUCAGAUUUCAGUGAAACAUCAACCAUACCACUGUUUCACCCUGAGCCAAGGGAUCCAACUAUCAGUAGUUUGAAAACUGAAAUUCUUCUAACAACAGCAUCUCUGAGAACUUCACCUGCUCCCAGUUCUGUCAGAAAGGGAGGGUCUGAACGACAGCGGCCCAACUCUCAGAGAAAGAACGAAGGACGGAAGAAAAAGGCAAACAGACGAAAACACAAGAUAAAAACACCAGCCCAGAUGUUUACCACCACACCUGUUAACAUUGCUUCAUCAGUGGUCAACACUGCUGUCUUUACAGAGCUAAAACCAGAAGAAUUAAAGGUUACAGUCAGUUUCAUUGUUCCAUUCACAGAGAGCCAAGAAGCAUCAUUAGGUACACAGAGUCCUGAAGAAAACACAGUUUAUAGGACGGAGUAUGAUGCAAAYGUUCAACCUUCUUUAUUACCAUCAAAAGACGCUCAGGUACUCAUAAGUAAACCAUUGUUCCAAGCUACAGAAGCCACACCAGUGUUUCCACCUGCUUCUCCAGGUACAGACCAUGAAAGUACCCCAUCUCAUGCUGCCUUGGAUAUCUUUAAAAGUGCAUCUCCUCCAGAGGUUUCUGAAGCUGUCACAUUAAUCUCUCAGCGAAAGAUUACAAACAGCCUUCAUCUGCUGGAUAAACCUUCAGAGGACACUCAGGAUUCAAGAGUUGUACUAGAAAUGGAACCUUCAGACCCAUCAGUCCAGGCUUUUCAAACUGUGACACCUUUGCCAACAGAUGUCAAAAACAAUCUAUCAGUCAAUCAACACAGACUUUCUCAAAAGGGUGUAAAGAUGCUUUGGAAUGAGACAGGAACAGGUUCUUCAUUCCUUCCUCCUCCUUUGACCUCAGCUGCUUAUGUCGUUGAUCUUGGAACAACACCCUCCAGGGACACAUCCAGUAGGUUCCAUAAAACACCAAGCAGGAUUUCUGAGCAAGAUUUAGAAACAGACGAGGUUACUGUGUCGACACCUACAGUAUCUAACAAUUUAUAUCAAAAUGCGAUUCUGAAAACUGAGUCAAAGAUUGAUCAAAGUUUUAAAGAAACUCAAAAUAUGUGGAACAAAGAAACUGCACCAGCCUCCACUGCCUUUUCUACAUCUUACUCUGUAACAACUUCUAGAGCUAUGCUACCUGUCACACAACCAGAAAUGUCUUCUACAGGAGCAGAUACAACAACUUCACUAAGAGUCACCACUCACCGUCCUCAGAUUUUACUCAGCCAAACUCUAGAUCAACAAAUAAACUUCAUCACUUCCACAUUAGAGUCAAACRGAAAAACUAGCCUCCAUUCCACAAAACCAUCACCAAGUCAGGAACUACCUGUCACAAAUCCAACCUCUGCAGAUGUAGAACUAUACAACACCCAGACCUCUACCAAAACAUCGUCUGUGCUCCAAUCAACACCAGAUAAACAAGGAUCCAAGCCAAGAGGGAAGCCAAGGAUAACAAAGAACAGUUUCCAGACUAUCACCGUGAAAGCUGGAACACAUGCUCAGCUUCCCUGUCAGGUUGAGGGCCAGCCAAGGCCCUUCCUGUCUUGGACUAAAGUUGCUACUGGUGAAACCAUUGCUCAGAACACAAGGAUGCAGAAGUCUGAGGUCCACCCAAAUGGAACUUUAAUCAUUUGGACCUCCCAGCCGGUGGACGCAGGCCAGUACCUGUGCGUAGUUCAGAACCAGUAUGGUGCAGAUGAGAUGCUGGUCAACCUGGUUGUCCUGUCCCAACCCCCUCACAUCCUCAGACCUCGACAGCAAGACGUCAUAGCCUAUCUGGGUGAUAAAGUCCAACUGGAAUGUGUGGCAGAAGGCCACCCUGUACCUCGGAUCACGUGGAUUCUCCCAAAUCAUGUCCKAAUGGUGGCACCAUCGGCUGGUGGACCGUUUCAACAGCACAUAUCUGUUGAUAAUAAUGGAACACUUUGGAUCAGCCAGACCAGUUUUACCAACAGAGGGAUUUACAAAUGUGUUGGCAGCAAUGCAGUUGGCUCCGACACAGUCUCUGUACACCUUUCUGUUUUAGCACUGGCACCCAAGGUCCACCAGAACCAACAUGAGAAUCUGACCCUUCCAGAGGGUGGCACUGCCUAUAUAAACUGUACCGCCACAGGUACCCCUCAGCCCRUCAUUCACUGGGUCACACCUGAUGGCUUACAGCUUUCUGCUUCCCAAUCAGUCAGAGGACAGAACCUUAAUAUCUUUCCAAACGGGACCCUCCACAUACGGAAACUGGGCCCCAGAAAUUCUGGAAUCUAUAAGUGCUCAAUCACAAACACCAGAGCAUCAGCCACUAGAACUGUGACGUUAAACAUCAGGAGAGACCAGGUCUCUGCCAAGGCCACCAUAUUAUCUUCAUCUCCACAAAGAACCACUGUGAUGUAUGGAAGUACACUGCUUCUGAACUGUGAAGCAACAGGAGAGCCGGAACCCCGGAUCCUCUGGAGGACCCCCUCUAAGAAGUUGGUUGAUGCUCAGUACAGUUUUGACCCCAGGAUCAAGGUGUCCCUGAACAGCAGUAUAACCAUCCAUUCUGUGACUGAGAAGGACGGUGGUGACUACCUCUGURUUGCACGGAACAAGAUGGGAGACGAUUACGUCCAGCUGAGUGUCAGCGUUCUGACCAGACCUGCCAAGAUUGACAGGAAGCAACAGAGAUCCAGUCAGGAGGUAGUCCAUGGUGCAGACCUGAAGGUGGACUGUGUGGCUUCUGGUCUCCCCAACCCAAAGAUCAGCUGGGCCCUGCCAGAUGGCACCAUGGUGAACCCAGUCAAACAAAGAGAGGGAACCAGUGCCAGGCACAGCCGCAGGUAUGUGGUGUUUGACAAUGGAACGCUCUACUUUGAUGAUGUUGGCAUGCCAGAGGAAGGGGACUACACCUGCUACGCAGAAAACCAGCUUGGCAAGGAUGAGAUGAAAGUAAGGGUCAGGGUAAAGACUGCUGUGUCCCCACCACAAAUCCAAGACAAAGACUGGAACACUGUCAGAGUUUUCCAUGGUCAGACAGUAGCUCUGCAAUGCAAUGCCAAGAGUGAACCUCUACCUGCCAUAAUGUGGAUGUCUCCAAAAAAUAGACUGAUUUCACCUGUCCUGGACAAAUACCAGAUCCUUAAUGAUGGAACGUUGAUUAUUCAAAAGGCCCAAGGCUUUGAGGAAGGUAAUUACACCUGCUUGGUGAAGAACAGUGCUGGACAAGACCUUAAAGUUACCAGAUUGGAGGUCCUGGUAACAUCUCCAGUUAUCAAYGAUCUGAGAGGAGCUGUCAACGUGAUAAAGGCAACUGCAGUUCAAGGUCAAAAGAAGCUGCUGGAUUGUGUGGCAAAGGGUUACCCUGCACCUCAGAUCAUGUGGAUUCUGCCAGGAAAUAUUAUCCUUUUAGCACCGUACCACACCAGCAAAGUAACAGUUCAUCAAAAUGGUACUUUGGAAAUUCGAUCGACCAAACAGACAGACUCAGGUCAGCUGAUUUGUCUUGCCCGUAAUGAUGGAGGGGAGGCCAGACUGGUGGUUAACCUAGAUGUCAAAGAAGCUGCUGAAAUUACACAAAAGCGAGUUCCUGAAAGGGAUAAUUUGUCUCUGAGAGUGGGGAAUACCAUGACUCUGAAUUGUUCAUUUGAAGGCAUAAAACUACCUCAUCUGACUUGGAUCUUACCUAAUGGCACACCUUUGCCCUUUGGUGCUCGRUAUUUAAAGUUCUUCCACCAGGASGAUGGCUCUUUGAUCAUCAGCAACCCAACUGUUGCUGAAGCAGGCACGUACCGUUGUCUGGGGCAGAACUCUGCUGGUCCUGUGGAGCGUAUGAUCACAGUGUCCCCAGGGAGAAAACCAGAGAUCCAAAACAGAUACAUCUCUCCUGUCAGUAUCAUGAAUGGGGAAACACUUUUCCUCCACUGUCAAGCCACUGGUGAGGCCCUUAGACUAACAUGGACCCUCCCCAGUGGGGUUGUUCUGAACAAGCUGCAGAGAACUGGAAGGUAUGCUAUAAUGUCCAAUGGGACACUGACCAUCCGCCAAGCGUCCAUCCAUGAUCGAGGUCCAUAUGUUUGUAUAGCUGCUAACGAAUAUGGCAGCUCUCUGCUCUCUGUAUCAGUAACCGUGGCCACACACCCUCCACAAAUCACCAGCAGCCCUCCCUCUGUGACGUAUGCUAAACGUGGAGUUGCCAUUCAGUUAAACUGUGCAGCGACUGGGGUUCCUAAAGUGGAGUUGGCGUGGGAAACGCCAGAUAAAACCCGCUUAGCUGUUAGUGCUCAGCCACGCCUGUUUGGAAAUAAGUAUGUCCACCCACAAGGGUCCCUCAUUAUUCAGAAUCCAACACAAAGAGAUACUGGUGUCUAUCGAUGCACUGCCAAGAAUGCCAUUGGCAUGGACUCCAAGGCUACAUUCCUCAAUGUGUUCUAAGGAUCUUUAUCUUGGUCCACUACCGUACUGUAUGCCCAAUAAACUGCCUAGUUCAGAGCAACUCAUUCUUUUGAUUUCAAAAGGCCCAUCAUUUCUUGAAGGGAUUCAUAUUACCAGGAACAAUCAGCUGUAAAUGAACACUGAGAGUUUCAUUGAGGUUUGUGAAAUAUUUUGCUAACAAACGAGGUUGACAUGUAAUAGUUAAUGCCAAGGUUUGAGACAUGAUUUGAAAUGUCUUCAUUCCAUUUCAUGCUCACUUUCUGUCAAAUACACUGACUUCUAGCCAUGUUUGUAUUGCUAAGAUCCCUCUGCUGUGGUGACCCUCUUUAAUCAGGUUAUCAGUUGCAGAUGUCAACGUAUUGACUAUUCUCUUUGCCAGUUUCAUUAAAAUAAUGUUCAGUGGUUCUUUUAAUAGUUUUUUAGAUUUGUUUUCUAGCAACAUUUGAAAAACUUAACUGGUCUCUUGAACUCAAAGCCAAAGGUUAUUGACCCCAACAAAUAUUAUAUUUAUUUUAUUUUGAGCCAACACCUUUUCUAUUCCCACCGCAGACUCAGGCCUACUAGUUUAUCUAACUGAUACCUUGCAAUGCAACUAAAUUAUUCAGCCUGUUCAAGUUUAGACUUACCAGGACAGAAUCUCUAACUUUAAAACUUUCGAGCAUUUAUGCCUUAAUUCCAUGAUAAAGUAAAUUAAGUGGAAACUACUAAUGACUCAGGGAAAAGAGUAACAGAUGGUAAAAUUACUUUUUAAAGCUAAUUUUUCAGCAAGAAAUUCAGUUUCUAUAGACCACUCAGAGGAGAUGAGCAACUCUAUGAAGACAGUCAAAAACACUUUAAAAAGAAAGUAACAAAAUCACAAUAUAUUGGUCUAAUCAAAUUUGUAAUAUCAGGUUUGUGACAAAAUACAAUCUACCGGUCUGUUUUUAAUCUAAUAAAACAGCUAAAGUGAGGGGAAAUCAAUGGUGUUGACUUCCAUGGGAGGACAUUUUGAGAUUGAGAAGUCUAAUAGUUAUGAAUUAUUAGUAGCUAUUAACUCUGUGGUAGACAGAAUUGAAAAACUGGAGACGGACAUCAGGACUCUGUGGUAGACAGGGCCGAAUGACUGGAGAAAGAUCUGGGGACACUGUGGUAGACAAAUGUGGAAGGACUGGAGAAAGACCUGGGGACACUGUGGUAGACAAUGUGGAAGGACUGGAGAAAGACCUGGGGACACUGUGGUAGACAAUGUGGAAGGACUGGAGAAAGACCUGGGGACAUUGUGGUAGACAGGGUCGAAGGACUGGAGAAAGACCUGGGGACAUUGUGGUAGACAGGGUCGAAGGACUGGAGAAAGACCUGGGGACACUGAUAGACAGGGUCGAAGGAAUAGUGACAGACCUGGGGACACUGUGGUAGACAGGGUCAGAGGACUGGAAACAGACCUGGGGACACUGUGGUAGACAGGGUCGAAGGACUGGAGACAGACCUGGGGACACUGUGGUAGACAGGUUCAACGGACUGGAAACAGACCUGAGGGCACUGUGGUAAACAAAGUUGAAGGACUGGAGACAGACCUGGGGACACUAUGGCAGAUGGUGUCUAAAGGCUAGGACACUGGUAGACAGACAAUAAAGACUGGAGUCAGACCAGUUUUACUUUUUAGUUCUUGUUUAUGUUUUGAUCAGUGAAAAAACAUGAAGCAGAAAACUGGAGUAUUAUUAGCACAAGUUCUUUUUGACAAUGAUAACAUUUAUCUUCAUCCUCUCAUUUCAUAAUAAAAUGUUUUCAACAGAAA